AUGCUGUCGCAUCUGCGCUUCCACCGGCGCGGGCCGUCGAACCCCGCGUCGCCCGCCGGCGACCAGCAGCCCUCGCCGCUGAGCAACACGCAGUCGCCCUUUACCCCCGACGGCGGCGUCUCGUCCCCGGACACGCAGCCGCCCAGCUCGACCACGUCGCUCGUCCCGCCGACGCUGCCGCCCAUUACGCGCGUCACCUCGGACCAGUCCCCGCCCCUUCCCGGCUUUUCGUCCGACGCCGCCGCCGCCCACGGGCCGCUUGUCGAGCAGCGCGUCGUCCCGCAGCCCGCCGCGGCCCGCUCGCCCUACACUACUGACUCGGGCUUCAUUGGCGGCGUCGCCUUGGAGAAUUACCGCCGCGGCCUGCGCGCGCAAAAGGCGCUCGUCACACCCGAGCAUCACGCCGCGCCGCCACUCGACGACAAGCACCUGCGCGCCAAGACAUCCCCCGCUGCCGCUGGUGCGCCGCCGCCUGUGGCACCGAGACAAGGCCAGCCGUCGCAGGGCUUCUCCAGGGUGCCGUCGCACUCUUCUGUCUCGCCUUCUGAAUCUGUGCAGCCGACUGGUCGUCGCCCGCCCGGCUUGGGUCUCACUGCCGAGUUUACGUCGUCGUCGUCCUCUUCCGUCACGAUUACACCCAUGGAGCCUCACAAGGCGAAGAAGGGGUUGCCCUUUUUGAAGAAUCCAAUGUCUACGCUUUUGAUGCGACGCAAGAUGAACCAGAAUGUCCCCGACGCCCUGCCGAUGCCCAUAGUAUCCAGCCAACACCCCGAACCCACAUACGAUCCACGAAUCAAAGGCACCCGUGUUCACGAUUUCAGUGCACCUAGACGCCGGAGUAUUCCGCGGAAUGACUUCGUACAACCAGAGGCGAGACCGCCAGUCACUGAGUAUCAAAAGCAGCCGGUGGCGGUUCCCCAACCUGCUCCUUUGCCAGUGGCUGCGCCAGUGCCCGAACAAGAGCAACCGCCGAAGCCCAUCUCCAAGGAUGUUACACUAGUUAACCGCCCAACGAGUCAGAAUCCAUCCCCUACCUCCGUACCAGAGAAGCGAAAUGGCUCUUUCAGAGACAGGAUGCGCAGCUCCAGUGGCUCCUCUAUGGCUGGCUCUAUCCAGCUUGAGAACCUAUCGAGCAUAGCCGAAGACCACCGCAACCGCGAAUUCGGUUCUUUAACGCGUGUUAACCCGUCGAUACGGACAACACGUUCUCAUAAAAUAUCUCUCUCGGAAAUGUCGAGCAGAGACACUAUCACGUCCUUGCCCAGACACAUGAAGAGUACAAGUUCAAGGUUCAGUUUUGACAUGAUAGGUGCUGCAAAACAAGAGAAGAUUUUGGAAGACCGACACCGGCAGCGGCAAUUAGAAAAAGGCGAACCAGAAAGUGAGGAGCGAAGAGAUUCUAGGUUUGACGAAUUUGAUGAAGACGCAUUUGACUACGACGCAAUGAUGGAUGACGAUGGCCUUGAGGAGAGAAUUCCGGGCGUAAAUGCCGAUUUCGACGACGAAGACGAUUAUCUCCAUGAGACACCGUAUGUACAGAAGGAUCAAUUUGAUACUCAGGAGGAUCCCGACAAUGAUCAACAGAAUUUUUCCGGUUUCGUUUUUCAGAGAUCGAAUCCCGAAUCAGAAAUCCCCAGCCCUUUCUUACCAGGACAAAUGCCCAAUACUCCACGAGACGCAGAGGGACAGCCUAUCGGUUCGGCAAUGACGAAAGACACACCGACGACAGCCAACUUUCCCUUGUCAGCUCAACCCAAUUCCAGCGAUAGGGAUUCAGCUUUUGGGCAACGACUCUUGGGGCUCGGAAUUGACCAGGCAACGUCUCGACACGAAGAAAAGACCGUCGGUGCAAAGGCCAAUGCACUGGCGUUCUUGCCAGACGACGAGCUGUACUUUGAUGACGGUAUCAUUGGCUAUGAAGAUGAAUUCGCGGAAGAUCUUGCCGCAGGCAUCGACCCUGAUGAUGAGCCAUUUGACGAGUCCAUAUUUGACAAUAAUGAUACGGAUCAGUUCGGUCGCCCGGUUCGUGGAGCGUUUGCUCGCGCCCAGUCAAUGACAAAGGCAACCAGCGAGUCCAAGAAGAGGAUAUCGGAUACGUCGCGAUUCUCCGCUCAAUCAGAAAUAACACAGUCUACCGCUCAUACAUCAUUCAGUGCGGGCAUGUUGGAUGGGGCACAGGGGGGUAGCUCCAUGAUUUCGCCACUGGGCAGGGUGUCCUCGGUGAUGGGAUCAUCAUCCUCGCCCUCGCAGCGCAAGAUGGUAGCCUAUCAGGCCGCCCUCGCCGCCGCUGCACACGAAGCUGCCGCGUCGGGUAAAUUCCAGCGCAGCGCCUCGCCUGUUCUGGAAGAUGACGCGGAAGACGAAGAUGGCACAGACGAGCUGGAAGAUGCCGAGACACAAGAGUCCACGGUCAAGAUCCAAGAUGACGUAGAAUACGAGCCUACGGACGACUUGGACGACGAUUUUGGCUACGAGAAUAUGGAUGACUUUGAGCUCGACGAUGAUGCCAUUAUUGCAGAGGCCAAUGCCAGCGCGCUCGCAAACGACGCUGACGGCUGGUAUGGGCAGGAGUUUGGUUUCUACGCAGCGCCCCCCUCCUCGACGCAGCACCACGGCUCCUACAGCUCCAGCGCCUCGGGCGGCGGCGCAGAAAUCGGUUACGCGGUCGGCGGGUUUUUUGGGCCGCGCGGCGGCGACUUGGCGCGGUCGGCGAGCGGCCGCCUCAUCUCCCGCGAGGCCAACCUCACGCCCAUCACGGAGCGCUCCGAGUAUUCCAACCGCAACUCGAUUAUGAGCAUGGGACUGCCGCCGCUGGUCGGCGGCGGCACCCCCACGACCAUGCAGAGCCCCGGGCUCGCACAGCUGGCCAUGAUGUCGGAGGAAGGCGAUGAGAUGACGCUCUCGGCGCUGCUGCGGCUCCGCAACAAGGCGUGGGGCGGCUCGCAGGCGAGCCUGGCCUCGAGCCGGGACGGGUCGCCCAAGUCGGAGCGGGGCGAGCUCCCGAGCGCGCCCCCGUGGGCCGCUGCCGCGGGAGGAGGUGCUCCUAUGCCCGGCUACACCCACGCGCGCCAAAACUCGCUCCUCUCGAGCGAAGGUCGCGAGUCUGAGCUGGGCAGCCUGCCGGCUAGUCCCACGCUGACCAUGGCCAAUGCGGCGCAGGGGCCGCAGGGGCAAGCCCACGCGCUGGCCACGCUGCAGCAGCACAACAACAACCCCGCCCGCGGCAACUCGGCGUAUCCGCGCGCGCCAGGCGGCGGCCAGAGCGCGUCUGCGCCGGUGUCAGCCGUGCCGGGCCGGAACUCGAACGAGUGGAACUGGCCGUUGCCGUCGUCGUCGUCCGAGGUGGUCGCCGGUGGUGUGCCGGCCCGCACCGUGUCGCUCGCGUCGAGGCACGGCAAGGGGCAUCGCCGCCAGCAGAGCUCGACAGAGAGCGUCUCGUACAUUAUGGAGGAGGAGGACAAUGGCGAGGCGCGCUGGGUCAUGGAGAGGCGCCGCACGGGAGACGGUGACGAGACGGAGCUGCUGGAGCGGGAAAUCAUUCCUGGCGGGCGGAUAUAA